AUUUCUUCUCUCUCAUGUGGCUCUGACGUCACCAAAACUAUCAUGGUGGGGUAGUGUGAGCAUGGAGUGCCAGGCAAAAUAAAUAAAAGUCGACUAUGGAUUAGCUUAAUUUUUGACAGAUGAUUUAAAGAAAAGAACAACAUGCUCCGCAGAUCAAGGAUAAGUGUUCGUCCGAAUGUCAGGCCGGCAGGGAGAGGCCCUGCCCCAGGGUCUUCACAGGAACCUAGCCAAGAGGCUCCUGCCACUGACCCCCAGGACACAGGCGAUCUGGCCAAGGCAGGGUCACAGGAGGGAAAAGACCCUUCUACUCUUGAAGGAACUGAGAAUCCUUCUGAAUCACCCACACCUGGAGAUGAUGGGAAGGAAAAAAGUGUCGAGGCUUCUUCCAGCGCCCCCGCCUGCUCUGCAGGAUCUCAGAGGAGGAAACGUUACUCAGUCAUGCCCAACCUCGCCAAGCCCCGGGUGACCCCUGCCCUCACACGCUCCACCAACCGGACCUCCAGGUCCCCUGUGAAAGCUGCCUCGGAGACCCUAGUUCCAGCCUCGGCCCCGGACUCCGAGGUUCCAGGGCCCUCCGACCAGACUUCCACCACAGUCCCGCAGGGAGUCCGUUCCCCGCGCAGGCGCAAGACCUCUGGUGGGGCCAGACAGCCCACCCAGGCCAAGCCCACCUCCCCGGGCUUCCCAGACCCUUCUCCAGCGGACCAGUCCGAGCUGGAGGAAAGCCGGCCACAGCAAGGCUCGCCCUCCGAACACCCGGCAGAACGCCAGCUCGCCAACCCCCAAUCAGACGGCCCGUCCACAAGUCAGACCAAGGACGCUCCUCCCCCCGUUCUGGAGAAGGCCACGCUUUCCCUGCCGAGCAGAGAGGCCUCGGAGCUGUCCGAGAGAGCCAAGACCCUGGUGUCCAGGUCUGUUAAAUGCGGGCUGUCUCUGGCACCAGGGAAGUCCAGGCUGAGCCGGCUGCUGAACGACCCGACAGACCUGCAGAGGCUGGCCAAGGCUCGCAAGCUCCGAGAGCUGCUCAAACAGGAGAUGAACAAAGAGAGGAAAUCGAAGAAGGCCAAGGUGUGCGCGAAGGAGUACACAGUGGAUCCUUCCAAGAUGACCAUGAGAGAUCUUAUCUACUACCUGCCGGAUUCAAACCCAAUGACGUCCUUUGUAGAAGAUAAACGUGCGGAGUCCGAGAUUGUGAUCCCCAACUCUCCAUCGAGGGAAGAAUCUCCAGAGAGACUUCCGGAACCGGAGAAGCUGCCGGAGCCUGCGACCCAGAGGGAGGAAGAGGAAGGGGGCGAUGCCGACGAAGACGAGGGGGACUCGGACGCAGGGCAGGACGACCAGCUGAUGGUGCCCAGGGUGAAGGUGGCGGAGGACGGCUCGCUCAUCAUCGACGAGGAGAGUUUGACAGUGGAGGUCCUCAGGGCUAAAGGGCCUAACCCCAUGGAGGACAGAGACCCUAUCUUUGAGCGGGGCUCCACCACCACCUACUCCAGCUUCAGGAGGGCCACCUACUCCAAGCCUUGGUCCAGCCAAGAGACCGACAUGUUUUACCUGGCCAUCAGCAUGGUUGGCACUGACUUCUCCAUGAUCGGUCAACUGUUUCCUCAUCGAGCUCGAAUAGAGAUCAAGAACAAGUUCAAGAGAGAGGAGCGAGAGAACGGGUGGAGGAUAGACAAAGCUUUCAAAGAGCGGCGUAAGAUGGACGUGGAGUUCUUCAGCAACCUUCUGGAGAAGAUCCUGGCCAUAGGGAAGAAGAAGAAGAAGAAACCGAAGUCUCCGACCGAGAGGAAGGUCAGGAAGGCACGCACGAGCAAACCCAAAGGUGAGCGGGCCAAGAAGCUGAGCGACGUGGAGGAGGAGGACGAGGAGGGCGCGGAGCUGGAAGGAGAGAAGGAGAACGAGGGCGUCCUGAACGAGGACGGGGCGGCCGGCGCCACGCCGAAAAAGAAACGCGGAAGAAGCGCCGACGACGGAGCGUCUUCCCCCGCAAAAUCCAAGAAGAAGAAAAAGGGCAAAUCGUUCAGUGAAGAUGAGGCUGGUGUCCCUGAAGAUUCUGAAGCUGCUUUGCCUGAGGACGAGUCACCUCUGGAGAGCUCUCAGAAGGCAGAUGAGCCCGUGGCAGCACCCAAGGGCCCGGUGAUCAAGCCAGCCCAGCUGUCCCGGGGCAGAGCCCCCAGACCCAUCCCUACCCUGGGCCGGAGGUGGGGUCAGAAGACCCCAGCUCCCAGCACCGGACCCAGGGGAGCCACGUCAACAGCAGGAGACAAGAGCACUGAGGACUCAACCCCUCAAGAACAGGAGGUUGCGUCUCCUUCUGAGGUGCAAGGUCAGAGGCAGGACGCGAGGCAGGACACGAGGCAGACUGAGGAGGUUCCUUCCUCUGACGAAGAGGGGGAGACCACGGUUGCCCCUGCCAAACCUACACGGUACGGCAGGAUACCCAAGCCCACACAGCAUUUGAAUUACCCUGCCAAGGAUGACGGCCCCGCCCCACCCUGUGACGCUGCUUCUGAGGGACCUAACUCCCCCCCCUCCUCCAAAGCCAAACCCCCCACUAGGAGGGGCAAACUCCGGCCUGGCCCCUCCCUGCCUCAGAGUAAGGGCAAAGCCAGUCCCAGGAAGCCCAAGCUGGUGACCCUCCGGGCGUCCCAGUCAGAGGAGAGUGAAGAAGAGGGUGAUGAGGCGCUGGGGGAGGGGCUUCCCGAGGAGGAAGAUCUGCACUUUCCCACCAGCCCAGCGAUGGAGAACCAAGCGCCCGUGUUCGUCCCCUACACUCUCCGCUCUCCACAGCCGGUGGCCUCAGAGCUAGAAGAGACCAUGGAGGAGCUCGACAUCUCCAUCAACAUGCCCGACGUCCUGGGCAUCCCCGACGGCGCCCUCUGCCCCGACGCCUCGUGCGAGCGGGGGGAGGGGGGGGCAGGGGGCGAGGUGCCCUGCGAACAUCAGCUGGACCUGCUGGUUGAUGUCAUCGACUUCCUGUCUCCAGAGCCCAUGGAAGAAUCAGAGGAGAGCUACAAUGAGGCAGCUAGGACCCUGCUGACGAUGAGCAACCAGAUGCUUCCGUCCCCGGAUAGCCAGGACUGCUGCUCAGAAACCAAUGUGCUCAUCGAGGAAGAACCCCGACAUCAACCACCCACUGACCAAUCACACAGCAACACAGGUCCACCCGAGACGGGGACCCCUGACCCCGUAGUCUCUGUGGAGCCGCGGCUGCCCCCCGAUCCGUCUGCGACGACGGCGGACUCGGUCCCGGUGCGACAGGGCAGCGACGACCCGCCCACACAGUGGGCAUCGACCAACGAGAGCGGACCCGAACCCGAACCCCCCUCCCAGGCGGAGACGGGCUCGGACAGUUCGGAAGUCGCUGCUUCCCAGACCCGGAGGAUCCGCAAACCCAAACCUAACCUGGGCCGGACCGCCAGAACCGCCCCGUCGAAACCACAGCUGGCAGACGAGACGCUCGCUCAUCUGAAGCCUGUGGAGAUGCCCUCGACCCUGACCGCACCUUCAGAAGCACGGCCUGGCGAGGGCACCUCCGCCCUCUCACCUCAGACCACCACCACCGCCUCACACUCCGAACCACCACAAGCAACCCAGCGCACGCAACAUCCGAAUCAGCCUUCAUUCGCUCCACCCUCCCCCGAAUCGACCUUCCCUGCGGUUCCGGAAGGAGCGACGCCUUCUAAGGAGAGCAUGGCGUCUCCGUCUGUGGUUACCAUAACGUCGAAGGCCACUGAAGCCUCGGAGACUAUCACAAGACCAGACUCAGUCCCACAGACGCCAGAGACCAAUGACGGACCCCCUUUCCAACCCACCGAGGUGGUCUCCACCAAUCAGGGGACGGUAUGUGAAGUGGUACCCGCCCCUCCUGAGGAGUCGGGCUCAGAGAGUUCAGAGCAGACCGCCUCCCAGGCCAAAAGAAGCCGUUUCCCCAAACUCAAGCCCAAACCCAACCUGGGCAGGGCCACCAGGACAACCCAGCCGAAACCGCAGCUCGCGGCAGAAACGUCUGUUCAGUUGAAGCCUGUUGAGAGUUCCUCCACCGUGGCUUCAUCUUCGGAAGCACGGCUUGGCGAGAAAGACUCGGAAGGUCUUCCCGCCAGCACCACAGCCUCCGAACCACUCCCUGCUGAGGACGAACCGUCUCUAGUCCCGCCCACAGACACCAGCACGCACUCCGCGCAUCCCGACGAGGAGCACGAAGGUCAAAUUGGACCGUCCCUUCUGGUGAAGCCGGGCGCGCAACCCGCCGUUCAGGAGACGGCGAGCGCCGUCGGGUCCGUCUCCAGAACCGAGUCGGGCUCCGACGGUUCCGAUUCGACUGUCCCGCAGCCCAGACGGACCCGCUUCCCCAAGCCCAAACCCAACCUUGGCCGGGCCUCCAGAACCGCCCCAUCUAAACCACAGCCUGCUGAGGAGACGUCGACCGCGACCUCGAAAUCCCUACCCGCCGAGGGCGUGACCGCUCCCUCGGAACCGCAAACCAGCAGCGAUACGCCCAGCAACACCAUCUCCUCCCCAGGGUCUUCUCCAUGCCUCAGACCCUCUGAAGACCAGCCCGGAGGGCAUCUCCGGCCCGGGGGGGAUCUCCAGCGGUCUGGGCCACCAGAAACCUCUGCUCCCGUCCUCGUGCAGCACGGGUCAACCCCAGGCGAGGUGGAGGGUCUCAAGCAGCCGUCGUGCGUGGAAAGGGAGACGUCGAACGUGGAGGCGCAGAGACAUCCUGAUGUAGACCCGGCCCCGGACCCACCGUCUCGCACAGCCCGCCUACCCAAGCUCAAACCCAGCAUUGGCUGCGGUGGCCAAGCCACGCUCUCCCACUCCAGUUGGAGCGCGACGCCAUCAAAACCGGGCCCCAGUGUUCAAAAGUCUACUCUUGGGGAGCUGGCCGCCCAGAUCUUAGACAUCAGCAAACCCCCAAGCCGGAGGAAAGCCAAGAGACCACUAGGCGGCGCUCCUCGGCCUGAAACGACAGCGAGGACUCGCUCGCAGAUCCCUGCCGAAGACGGCAGCGCUUCUCUCUUCUCGACUGCAGCUCCUGUGGGUGUCAUCCAGACGCCAUGUGUCGAGGAUCAAAGCUCUCCCGUCACCAGGACAAACUCGGAAGCAGUGCCAGUGGACCUGCCCCCCUCAGACCCAGAGGAGCCCUUCUUCAUCCUGUCUCUGACCCAGAUCCCAGUCCUUCUCACGGGGGAGGAGAUGGCGCCCGCACCCCUGCCCUUCCUCCAGGCCCCAGAGCCAGCCUGCCCUCGAGCACACAGUCUGAGCAGUGCGACGGCUGUCCCUGGGGGAGAGGUGACCUCGGGAAGUGACGGAGUGCCGCGGAAUGUUCCGGAGCCUCCAGUCGAGCCGGAGGGUGGGGAGUCGGGCAUGGUCAGGAGCGAGGAGGCCCGGACUGAUGUGUGUGAAGAGCCGGCGGAGAACCAGGAGGAGGAGGCGGACCCUCCCCGUAAAAAACGCAAACUCCCAGACAAGAGCGGAAGAGCCAAACCGGAGGUUAAAUCAACAACCACAAGGAAGGAACAAGCCGAUCACGCUACCUCUGCACGCCCGACAUCAUCAGCCUCUCCCUCAACCCAGCCGCAGGAACCUCCGCCCUCAGAACCAGACCUCGCCCCUGUCCCCUCCCCCGCGUCCCCCCGCCCCCUUGCCCGGACCCAGGCCUCGCCGGCUACCGCGGGCCCCGUGACCUCACAGGAGAGGGCCCCCGCGGAGACACGGGGAGGAGCUGUGGGACCGACGGAAAGCUCCGGAAGGCGGGGGGUGGCGGAGGACGGCGGUGUGAGUUCGGAGGCUCAGGAUGUUCGUGGUAUCACGCCUUUGGCUGCGAGUGGCCCUCUCAGCAGACCUGGUAGGAGACCCCGAGGCUUUCUGUCCUUCAUGGCUGACAAGAGCAGCCCGAGCCCCACUGGGGGCCCCCGAGGUACCAAAGCUGCCUCCCGUAAGCCCCAGCUCGGCACCUCACGACCGGGGAGGAAAGCGGGCGCCCAUGCAGUCACAUCAAGUGCCCCUGCCCUCACGUCAAGCGCCCCUGCCCUCACGUCAAGCGCCCCUGCCCUCACGUCAAGCGCCCCUGCCCUCACGUCAAGCGCCCCUGCCCUCACGUCAAGCGCCCCUGCCCUCACGUCAAGCGCCCCUGCCCUCACGUCAAGUGCCCCUGCCUUCACGUCAAGCGCCCCUGCCCUCACGUCAAGCGCCCCUGCCCUCACGUCAAGCGCCCCUGCCCUCACAUCAAGCGCCCAAACUCACACACCACCAGCAGGGGUCGAGGCCUCAGGGCUCCCUGAUGUCAGCUGUGCGUGUGCCCGCCCUGAAUCUGGAGUCUCCAGCCAACCAGGGCCGAGCGCCUUCCAGUGUUCCUCCGCCGCUGAGGUGGAAGGCUCGCAGCAGAAAGAGGUGUCCUCAGCAGAGGAGGAGGACAUCAGCGUGUCUCAGUACUUCUUCAGUGACAUCUUCACCGAAGUGGAGAACGAAGGAUGACGGUAGAACCGCAGAACCGGACGGGGUUACGGGGAGAACAAGACAGCAUUCACGGGAACGCCACGGUGACGCCGUGGCGACGCCGUGGCGACGCCCGCUGAGUGAUGUAAGAGGUCAAGGCAUCAGGAAGCGCUUCAGUGACAGCUGUCUUACUGAUUAGGUCGCUCACGGCUGUUUUGUGACACUAAUGUGACAUGUCCAGUUACAUUCAUACUAUUGAGGGAUUCGAGAAUAUAUUUCACCCAAGCUUGCCAACCGCUUAAGUAAUAUAUAUAUAUAUAUAUAUAUUUUGGCUCGUACUUUUUAUGAAAUAUGGUUGGUAUUUGUACAGAGAUUUAGUUCAUGUUUUCAAAUCGAUCAUUUGAGGUGCCACUUUGUGUGGAUGUUGCUUUAACUGUUCUCUCCCCCUCCGCCACUGGUUCAUCACCUCAUGGAGCCUCAGUCAGUGACUGAACUUCCCUAGGAUAUAGUGAAAACUUACGACAUCAAGCUGAAAAACAUUUCCCGUUAUUUUUGUCAGUAUUACGUAUUUAUUUUGUUUUAUAAACCCCCAUAUGGGAUCUUGGAAUUGUAAUGUGACAGGAAGCAGUAAACAAUGAGUUUGGUUUGCUCUCAAUGUUAAAUGUUAUCAGAAUACUUGAAAUAAUUAUAAAAUAAUGCAACAGUACGAUGCUUACAGUUGUUAGUGCUCAGGGUGAUAUAAUGACCUUUUCUGCCUCUUGAGUAACACUCAGGAUAUCUGGUUCAUCAUUACUGAGUAUUGAUUUUAAGAGAUGUCAAUGGUCACGUUUAUCGUGGAAACCGGUGUCUAUAAACUCAACAUACAAAGAUUUCCAUAAGUCUUAUUAACACACUCAACAUCUAAAUACUUUAAUGUUAUUACCUAAACAAGCCGUUCUCUAGCAUUAGUUUGUGUGUGUAUGUUCAUGUCUUGUUAGUCUUUGGAAUGUCGCCUCCAGGAAGAGUUAUUUCGAAAUAGUUUUUUAUUGAAAUGGCAGUUAUGUUAUUUGUAUAUAUAAUUGAUUUGUGUUGCAGGGCAAGUGUACAUAUCAUGAUUUUACAUUCAGUUUGUUCUCACCCACAACCUCUGCAGGUGUGUUUAAAAUAAAAUAAAAUACACAAAUACAUUUUUAAAACGUGUCAUGGAAAUGUCAAAUGAAAAAACGCUUUUUGCCCCAAAUCUUCCAUGCAAGUUACGGUGUGGUAAUUUAGGUAACACUUUAGUUGAAGUGGGUCUUCACAACACUUGAUAAGCGCACUUUAAGCACUUCAUAAUGUGUCACAGUUGAUGGCAAAUUUUUCUUAUGACCUAUGUAUUUUUUUACGUCUGUGUGAGUGGAUCAAGGAAUUGAAAUAACAGACUUCAUUUAAUCCGACUGGUAACCCACACAGUAAAUCCCUUACACCACGUCCCUAUUAUGGGAUUUAGAACUAUUUUGAUCUGUUGUUGGGGAGGCACCAUGAGACUGCUACCAUGCUUGGAGUUCACUGUGACUGGAGCAGUAACCCAAUCAAUAGUCGGACUAUACUGUCUGUUAAGUCGAUAUGAAAGCAUUUUAGAAACCGUCACCUUCAGAGUGACUGGACUUGGGUGGAGGAAGGCAUAGGAUCAUGAACAUGUUGGAAGAUGACCUGGUGAGUGUUCACUUGAAUGUACAGUGUAAGUUUAACAAUCGAUGUCAUUAUCGAGGUUGUUUUGCUGUUGUGUUAUAGCUGUACUGAUGUAAGUUGAGUCGAGUGAUGUGGGGAAUCUGUCAUUGGAUUACAAUGAUUCAGAAUGUGAUUUUGGAUCUUCAGGUUUCAUCAAAGUGUGUCAUUUUCCAUUGACUUUAUCAUGAAACCAAAUGUUUGUCACAGAGGUGUAAAUGGUUUGUGUGUCUGUGUGUUUUAUUGCAGAGAUUGCCAACAUUUGUAUUAAAUAAGUGUAUUAUCUUUGUAUUAGCUAAGCUAAGUCUUUUGUGGGACCUUGAUUCAUGCUUUCACAAGCACAGCUUUAUGCAUUCCUGAGAAGCUUAAGAAUCAGGAGACUUCAGUGACAUAACAGAAGCACUACAAAUAAUUAAUCAAAGAGCUCAGAUCAUUCAUUCUUAAUCCUUCACCUUCACUUAAACCUGUAAUCGAUGUAUGGAUGUCAACUCCUUUAAACAAUACAUCAAAUUAUUAAUAAAAGUUAUUCAGU